UUAUUAUAAAAGCUUCCAGCCAAAAUAUUCUCAUUACACUCAACAAAGCGCAAUAUAUACUUCAUCAUGAGACAAGCAGUCCUGGUGCUAGCACUCUUCGGCUUCGCCGCUUGCGCCCGUCUUGACUACCUCCCCCCGGUUCGUCCUGGUGCAGGAGGUGGCGGUCCUGGUGGUUAUCCAGGAGCGACAGCGCCAGCACGACCUGGUAGCAGAUUCCCGGGAAAUCAAGGUGGAGGAAGUGGGGGCGGAUACCAAGGUGGUGCCGGUGGAUAUCAAGGUGGAUCAGGAAGUACUGGAGGCGGAUAUCAAGGUGGUGCGGGAGGAAGUAGUGGUAGUGGAUAUCAAGGAGGUAGUGGAGGAGGUUAUCAGGGGGGCGCAGGAGGUUAUCAAGGAAGUGGAGGUUAUUCAGGAGGUGGAUACAGCGGCGGUGCUGGAGGAGGAGCACCAGGAGGCGGUUUCGGAGGUAACGCGGGUUUCGGAGGAGCAGGUAGACCUGGAGCAGGAUCAGAAAUACCCAUAAUUCGAUACGAAAAUAACAACAACGGAGACGGUACUUAUAACUAUCUCUAUGAAACCGGAAAUGGUAUAAGUGCCGAUGAAAAUGGUGAUGCCAGAGGUGAUGGAACUCAAGCACAAGGCUCUUUCUCGUACACAUCCCCAGAAGGUGAACAAAUUUCAGUUCAAUACACAGCAGAUCAAAACGGUUUUCAACCACAAGGAGCCCACCUCCCAACUCCCCCUCCAAUUCCUCCAGAAAUCCAAAGAGCCAUCGAUCAAAACCUCGCUGACGAAGCCAGGGGUAUCGUAGAUGAUGGCCAAUACAAACCUGGUCCAGAUGAAGGUCAAGGAGGAUAUGGAGGUCAAGGAGGAUAUUCUGGAGGUGCUGGCCAAGGAGGAUACUCAGGUGGUGCUGGCCAAGGAGGAUACUCAGGUGGUGCUAGCCAAGGAGGAUACUCAGGUGGUGCUGGCCAAGGAGGAUACUCAGGUGGUGCUAGCCAAGGAGGAUACUCAGGUGGUGCUGGCCAAGGAGGAUACUCAGGUGGAGCUAGCCAAGGAGGAUACUCAGGUGGUGCUGGCCAAGGAGGAUACUCAGGUGGUGCUAGCCAAGGAGGAUACUCAGGUGGUGCUGGCCAAGGAGGAUACUCAGGUGGUGCUAGCCAAGGAGGAUACUCAGGUGGUGCUGGCCAAGGAGGAUACUCAGGUGGUGCUGGUCAAGGAGGAUACUCAGGUGGGGCUGGCCAGAAAGGUUAUUCGGGAAGUGCCGGUCAAAGAGGAUAUUCUGGUAGUACGAGUCAAGGAGGUCUAGGUGGUAGAGGACAGGGUGGAUAUUCUGGAAGUAGCAUUGGAGGUGGUGCUGGAGGACGAGGUGGAUAUAACCAAGGUGGUAGAGGAGGAUCUGGUGGUGCUCCUUCUGGUUUAUACGGUACUCCAGGUACUGGAUCCGGACAAAAAGGACCCGACGGUUAUAGAUACUAGAAAGGAUAACGAUAUUGCCAUAAUAAUAGUAUUUUUUUCAUUAAGAAUGUGUAUUUGUAUAAUAUUUUUUUGUACAUAUAUUAUUUUAUAUUAGGUCAAUAAAACUAUGUUU